GAUUAAUAUCGGUUAAAACAUGUGGCAUCAGACAUGUGGGAAUUUUAUCAAUACUUAUGAAUAUUUCAGAUAAAUGGAGGAAAAAAUAAUGAACUUCAUUAUUAAAUAUGAUGAGGAGUCGUGCACUCUACAAAACCCGUGAUUACAGUAUCACUAUUUAGUACUUUGACCUAAAUCGUAUUCAUUGUCAGCUCUCUAUCUAGUACCCUCCAUACAUUUGUACAUUAUUAGGUUUAUUGAUGAUGAAAACAGAAACUAAAGAGGGUUAUCUUCAAAUUUUUAUACCGUUAUGUGCCGCAAAUUUCUGUUUAUUUUUUUCGAUUGUUAUGAGCUCGUACACUGCCAGUGAAUAUGGGCAUGAUACAUUUCGGGAUCUGAAAUUUCCAAAUAGAACAUUGUCCAACAGUACAGACAAAUCUUUGUGCGAUACAAACACAUCUUCUCAGGGAUACAAGGAUGAGCAGAUUGUACAGAAGACAGUGGCGAGGUGGAAUGUGUACAUAUCGAUAGCACAGGGAGUGCCUCUUCUGCUCUCCAGCGUCCUAUUCUCCCCACUGAGUGACUCCAUCGGACGGAGACCGUUUCUGUCUCUAGGAGCAUUUGGUGCUGGCAUCAAGCAGCUCCUCAUGACAUUAGCUAUUGUUUUUCAUUGGAAUGUCUACCUGUUUAUACCAUUCACCUUGAUUGAGGGUCUUUGUGGAAGUUGGGUUGCUCAGCUCGCCGUGGCAAUGUCUGUCGUCUCCGAUCUGACAACAGCGGGAAAGUCCAGAUCGUAUUUGAUUGCAGUGCUUAGUUUCGUACUUGGAGUCGGUUUUUCUCUGGGAACAUUUGUUUCUGGUUACGUUGUCGUGCGUUUAGGGUAUGAUUACUCCAUGGCUAUAUCAUCUGGAAUGUCUGGUUUGGCAUUUGUUAUCGCAUGUUUUAUACCAGAAACAUUAUCCGAUUCACAAAGACAAUCUAACAGGUUUAGUUGUAUGGGAAAUUUCAAAGAUAUUUUAAGAUUUUAUACAAAGAAUGACCCUGAAUAUCCUACCUCAACUCGCUGGAAAUACAACACUGCAAUUUUAUCGUUUAUUUUCAUAAUGAUGUCUAAAUUGGGGUCUUUUGCGAUUGAAACAUUUUAUUUAUUGAACUCUCCAUUUUGCUUUAACCCAGAGACAAUCAGUAUCUUUGAAACGGCUAAAACCUGUCUUUCAGAGAUUGUUAUUUUAGUUGGGAUAAAAUUCAUGCAACAGUGUAUUACAGAUGAAACCAUCGCUAUGUUUGGGGCAAUAUCCUCAACAUGUAGUCUUGUGUUGUUUGGAAUAGCAUCAUCGGACAUUUAUCUAUAUAUAGCGGCUGCUAUUGGUACUUUGGGGAUGGGCUCUAUUCCAAUGAUUAGAGGAGUUAUGUCAAAGAUGACCCCUCCCCACAAGCAAGGUACUUUGUUGGCAGUUCAACACAUAGUGGAGAACAUUUGUAACCUGACUGGAUCUGUGUUAGGUGGCGCCAUCUACUCAGAGACAGUGUCCUUCUACAGAGGAACCGUGUAUCUAGUGUUCGCUGGCUUCUUGUUCUUGGCUUUCAUACUUCUAAUAUUCCUGAUGAAAGACUCUAGAAGAAUUAAUACAUAUUUGGAGAAGGAGCACACUAUAACAAAACCAACGAAUUAGGCCAUAGGAAAGAAAUUUACUUUUAUCUUUAAGGACAGAUGAUACAAACAAACUUUUGUCAAAGAAUUUGAAAAUAACAAUUUGGGUCAUGUUCAAAUAAAUAAAAUAAAUAACGUUCACCACGUAGUUUUUAAUUUUUUAUUCAAAUGUGCACAAAAAUGGAGUUUGAAGUGAAAAUUAUUUGUAUAGAUUAAUAAGGAUGGUGUCAGAAGGGCAGACUUUUGAACACCACGGAAGGUUUACAAUUUCUUUAUAUUCUAGAAAUUUAUUAUUUGCAUCAUUUGCAAUGAAAUUAGGCCAAAAAAUAUACACCAAUCCAGGCAUCCAUUUUUUGUUUGUAUCAUAUGUCCUUAAACACUGUGUAAUGCUAAAGAAUGUUAGUUUAUCAAUUACUUUCAGUGUUUUGAAAAAAAAUCUGUCAAUAUACAUGCAUCUGAAGAAUCUAUGUUUGUUUUAUAUUUACAUCCACUUAAUAAUUUAUUUCUUAUGAAAACCACGAUUGUUAAUUUAAACAAUAAAAUGCUUUCUCUGGUUGUAAGUAUGGGAAUUAAUGUUACAGCAGUUGCAGGAAAAAUGCAUGACCUUCCUAUAAUCUAAUACAAUCUACCAUUAGCUCAAAUGCCGAUGAACGAUUUGUCAUACUUAAUGUUAGGCCAUUAUUUACACUUUGAAUUGUCAACAGAUUUUCCCCGUUAUUUACCGAUCAUGACCAAUCAUGUGAGGCCCGUCGACAAGGGAUGCUCACUUCUCCAUAGAACCUGAUCCCACCUCUUAUGUUUUAGAGAUCCGUGUUUGCUCUUCUGCUUAUUACACAUUUAUAUAAGUAGAAAAAUAAAAUUGCUUUCUUUACUUUUAGUUGGGAAUUAAAGUUGGAAAAAAAAUACCUAGUAAGCUUUAGCCAGUUACUCAACGUUCCUCGAGAGGAUACAAAGGCUAAAUAUGAUAACCAAAAUAAACAUUUCAUCAAAAUCGUUACCAACAUUUCAAAAUCAUCAAAGUUAUAAUUGUGUCAUGUUGUAUUUUUUUAUAUUUAGCGAGUGGCAAUAAAUACAAAUUUUACAUUUUGUAUUUCAGUAAAUACAAAAUUCACACAUUCUAUUUACUGGUAAAUUCAAAAUUUACAACAUGUCAAUGGACACAACUCAUUUAUUUAUCUUAUAUUUUGCAGAAUAAAAUGAUCAGUGGUUAUGCAUUGUACAUGAAUCUAUUUAAAUUGAUUAAAAAUUACAGACAUCAGUGAAUGACCAGGGAAUUGCUAUAUAUUACAGAGGCCAGACAAUGGGGACAAAGGUGUUAUUGGCAUUUUAUUGGGUUCUAUUACAGAUAGCUUAUAAUGCUAUCUGUCAUAAUCUGUAGCGUAAAUGCAUUCCUUUGUGACAUUUUUUUUUAUCCUUUAUUCAGCUCAUGAACUUUAUAUAAACCCAGAAAAACUAUGAAAUCGUAAAAUGUUUAUCUUUGUUUACAAUAAUUAUGAAUACAUUCAUUUUAUAAUAAAUCUGUUCGACAAAAAUGAAUAAUUCAUUUAUCAGAAUCCCAAAUAGAUUACCUCGAGAUGACUUAGGAUCUUCCAAAAGUCGUAGAGAUACUGGUCUGGAAUGUUUUUCUACAGUCGAAAAAUGACCCUACUCGUCGUAGAAUAUUGGCCCGAGGUCAUUUUUCUACGUAGAAAAAUUACCCCUGGUCAAUAUUCUAUACGGGAGUCACUUUUCGUCGUUACACCGGCACUGAAUUCGAAAGAAGUUCGAUCAUACCUCUCAUCCCCA